UUGCAGCUGUUUCUAACAGCUGGCCUCUUUCUCCACUGCACGAAGAACGCUUUGUCCACCUGUACCUUUCCCCCAGCCACCUGCACCAAGCAGCCUCCGCCUUAUUUUACAGGAUCCAGAGACUCACUUGCUGAUGGUUUUUGCCCAAGUUGGAACAGCCGGAACCAGAGAGCUACCUGACCGGAAGGGCCUGCCAACGGAAUUUUCCAAGUGCUAAAACGCCAGGCCUUGCAGCUCCUGUGGUCAGCCCAGGAGGCCACCAGUGGGAUUGGAGGAUCGGCAGCACCUCAGGCCAUGGCGGGUCAGGGCCUGCCCCUACGAGUGGCCACCCUGCUGACUGGGCUGCUGGAAUGUCUUGGCUUUGCGGGCGUCCUCUUCGGCUGGGCGUCGCUGGUGUUCGUCUUCAAAAUAGAACGUUACUUUGAAGAGCUGUGUGAACGGAAUGCCGGGCUGACGGGCAAUGCCACGCUGAUGGGCAAUGUCACCGGGCAGACUGACUGCAAAGCCCAGGAUGAGAGGUUCUCGCUCAUCUUUACCGUGGCGUCCUUCAUGAACAACUUCAUGACGUUCCCCACCGGCUACAUCUUUGACCGUUUCAAGACCACCGUGGCCCGCCUCAUAGCCAUAUUUCUCUACACCAGUGCCACUCUCACCAUAGCCUUCUCCUCUGCAGGAUCAGCCCUGCUGCUCUUCCUGGCCAUGCCCAUGCUCAGUAUUGGGGGAAUCCUGUUUCUGAUCACCAACCUGCAGGUUGGAAACCUAUUUGGCAAACACCGCUCGACCAUCAUCACCCUCUACAAUGGAGCAUUUGACUCUUCCUCAGCAGUCUUCCUUAUCGUUAAGCUCCUUUAUGAACAGGGCAUUAGCCUGAGGACUUCCUUCAUCUUCUUCUCUGUCUUCAGUAUCUGGCAUGUUGGGCGCACUUUCCUUCUUAUGCCCCGGGGGCACAUCCCCUUCCCGCUGCCCCCCAACUACCGCUAUGGCCUGUGCUCUGGGAAUGACACCAGAGAGGAGGAGAAGACAGUGGAGUCCAAAAAGCGAGAACUAGAGUCGAAGGAGUUCCUUUCGCCAAAGGAAGAGAUCCCAGAUCCAGGGCAGCAGAAGGAACUCCGUCCUUUCUGGAGAUACGCUUUCUCUCGGCGCUUUGCUUGGCACCUGGUGUGGCUGUCUGUGAUACAAUUGUGGCAUUAUCUCUUCAUUGGCACCCUCAACUCUCUGCUGACCAACUUGGCCAAGGGGGACAGGGGACUAGUCAGCACCUACACAAAUGCCUUUGCCAUCACUCAGUUCUUUGGAGUGCUCUGUGCCCCCUGGAAUGGCCUGCUCAUGGACCGGCUUAAACAGAGGUACCAGAAGAAAGCAAAAAAGACAGGUUCCUCAGCCUCGGCGGUGGUCCUUUGCUCCACGGUGCCUUCGCUGGCCCUUACAUCUCUGCUGUGCCUGGGCUUCGCCCUCUGUGCCUCGAUCCCUGUCCUCCCCCUCCAGUAUGUCACCUUCAUCCUGCAAGUGAUCAGCCGCUCCUUCCUGUAUGGGGGCAAUGCUGCCUUCCUGACCCUUGCUUUCCCUUCAGAUCACUUUGGGAAGCUCUUUGGGCUAGUGAUGACCUUGUCAGCCGUCGUGUCUCUGCUCCAGUUCCCCGUCUUCACCUUCAUCAAGGGCCCCCUCCAGAAUAACCCAUUCUAUGUGAAUGUGAUGCUGGUGCUUGCCACUCUGCUGACGUUUGUCCACCCCUUCCUGGUCUACCGGGAAUGCCAGCGGGAAGAAGGGCCCCCUGCAGUCGCCUAGUUCAGAAGCCCUCGCUUUUCAGCUCUGCAGAUGCUUUUGCUAAUCUUCCCCCACCUUUGAGGACCCCGUGUCCAGAAAGUCUUUUGCCAACUUAGGCUACUUGUAUUAACCAAAUGUUAUUUUUUCUUGGAAAAAAAAAAGAAAGACAUUUAACUGCUAGCUGAGACUUCUGAUCGGCAAGAAAAGAAUUUCAGUUGCCAAGCUGAUUGGUACCCUACAGACCCAUAGCAAAGGCUGGUGGAAGUUCUCCUUAGUUCCAGAGCAGGAAGCACAUGGCCUUGGCAGACCCUUGACCCGAGGGGAGGUGAUGUGAUGGGGGAGGAGGUGUGUCACCUCCUUCUCUAAGCCUCUUUGGCCAUGAAACCCGUGCUUGUGUGGGCCCCGUGCUGCCAGGUAAAUUUCCAGGUGAAGAGUGAGGUCGUCAUGGCCUCAGCUAUGCCACCCGGCAUUGAGAGGUGGAACCCAGCUCUCCCCCAAAGGCACAGCCUUGGUUAGAUAGUGGCAGUGA